ACUACUCGACAAUCUUCAGUCGAUCAACAUUACAUCACACAUCUCGGAAUCUAACCACGCUCGGAUCACCUUCCCUCCAUUGGCUGCUGCUUUAAGGUUUGUACCCUCGUUCUCGACAGUCAUAAAACCAACCUGACUCACAAUUUGUAGGCUCUCAUAUACUACUGCCUUAUACACACCAAACAUGCCUUCUUCAUCACACCUCCGCAUUCAAACUUCCUUCGAGCCCUUCACGGCUGAGACUACCCGCUCCCACUUCAUCUCAUCACCACCGCAAAAGAAGCAGAAGAUGUCGCUCACCCAAACCUACUACAUUGCUGCCUCUGCCCGCUCCAAGCUGGGCAAGGAGGCAUGCAGGGCCGACCACAACCUCCGCCUUCUCGUUGGACACGCAAACCUCCUCGACAGCCUCAUGGUCGAACUCCAAGACGCCGAACGCCAGCAAGAACAGUGGUUCAACCAGACCAUGGCCAAGGCCUCUAAGACUGAAGAGUCCCGACACAUCCAAUGGGCCGACAGCAUCGCUGAGGAGGAAGACGACGACGACGACUCCGAAUCAGACUCCGAGUCUGAGAACGAGGACGACUUCGACAUGAUCGCACUCCCUCGCCGCAUCGCUCAAUCACCGGUUCAGAUCAGCACAAUGGAGGUGGAUGAGGAUGAGGACGACGAGGAGGACUUCUACGACGACAUGGAGGACGACUCAGAACUGGCUCUUACCCGGGUACCAUCGCAAUUACAAUCCCCACCCGAGCUCACCUACGAGGAAGAGUCCGACGACGAGUCUCCACCCACAUCGCCCCCGCAAGCCUCCUUCAACUUCACCGAGAAAGAAGCCAUGCUCACAACAACCUUUUACGACGCCAAACCAAAAUCACAAAACAUCGAAGAUCAUCCGCUAUUCAUGGAUACCACCGCUCCGCUCAUCUCAAGUUAUUAGGCCAGCACACUACCAUGUUCCGACCUUUUGAUUUUUGAUCCAGCGUUUUCAGCGAGCGAGUCCUUUACAGCAUAGCGUAGCAUUUCGAGCAUUAUAUCCUCUGUUUUCUUUUAUUGGCAUAUACCGCAGGGCGGUCGGGAUCUUCACAGAGGAUCUCACAAACAACUCUACUCAGAUAUUAUUGGAUGGAUAGGGGGACAGGACGAUUUAGGAUAUUGGUCUCGAGCGGUUCGACGUCUCCCGAAGGCAGUGGUCGAGACUCCCGCCAUAGCUAGAAAUUUCAACGAUGAUCAUUACACCCACAAAAA